CGCCAUGUCUGUGAGCUCUAACUGGACUUGCAUCAAAGACUUGUCGAUCGGGCUACUAUUGCCUGAGGCAGCGGAUGGAUGAGUAUCAUAACCUAUCUCUGGCCACACUGCCGGCUCGCAUCGAUGAUCUGAGCGGCCAAGUCUGUUAGUGCAUGCAUCGAGUGUCUGACCACGCGCGCGUGUAAGUGCAGAUAACGUGUCUCGUGCCGAAAGGGCUCAUCUCUCUGCUGGAUAACUUUCCAAGCCGUCACAUCUUUUCUCGGUCAACUCAACCUUCACCACAACCGACUGUCACAAUGGUCGUGGACGGAGGAGCUGGAGCAGCAAGUGCCAUAGGAAGUGCCGUCAACAUAUCCAUCCGCCUCUUCCAAGUAAUUUACGAAUUCAAAGCCGUGGGCCAACAAACCAAAGACCUCCUCUCCUCCACAAACCACGUCUCCGCAACCCUCGAAAGCGCUCAAACUCUACUCCUCCAAAAAUCGGCAUUUCUCGGCUCAGAGGAACGAAAAUACAUAGACAGUGUUCUUGCGGAUACAAAGCGCUGCUUGGAGACCGUGGCUGCCUUGGUGGAGCCAGCAAGAGUAGACAUGCAGAUCAAAGAUGGACAUGUAGACUUUGUAAAUAAAGGACUUUUUGUAUUCAGAGAUUCGCCAAAGGUUGCGAAUAGUCUUGCGAGACUUUCUUUGGUACACCAGAGUUUGAGUGCUGUAAUGGGCAUCUUGUGUUCAAAGGAAGCUAAAAACUUGGCUCCCGAACAUGAAAUUCAUCCGCCUCGAAUUAGCGAAAGGAUGUGGUUGUCCGAGUACACACGUUCUGUGGAGAGUUCUGCUGCACGCCAGACACCGAUGAAGGCGAGAUCGAAGGGAAGAGCUUAUUUGGAGUUACGGGCAAAGCAGUGGCAGACGGCACAAUCGACUUUCUAAGUGUUCUGUUCCAUUAUGCUCAAUUGACACUUUCGUUUGUUUACACAUUACUAGUACUUCUCCCGUAUCAAUGCUCAUCGCAG